UACAAAAUCAUUUGCACUGCAUAGAUCUUCCGAGAAGGUGCUGCAGAAAGUCUUGCCAGAAACUAUUUAUUUUCGUCUCAAAGACGAAUCAUUCUUUAGCUUUUUGUUUGUGUCAUCUUGAAUUCCUUUUGGUUAAACCGGGAGUUUUUGAAUACAUAUAUAUAUACACUAAAAAUGCCGCCAAAUACGAGGAAAUAUUUGGAGACGCUUUCGCAGGACGAUCUGAAAGAAAUUUGGAGGACAGCAGAUUGUGUUUGCUUCGAUGUAGACAGCACUGUUGUCAAAGAGGAAGGCAUUGAUGAAUUAGCGGAGUUUUGUGGAGUUGGUGAUGCUGUAAGGCAGUGGACACUUCAAGCGAUGGGUGGAAAUAUACGAUUUAGAACAGCGCUUGAAACAAGACUAAAUAUGUGUAAUCCAACGUUAGAACAGCUAGAACAAUACAGAAAGGACAAGCCAUUGACAUUAACACCUGGAGUUAAGGAAUUAAUUGCAUAUUUACAUAGAGAAAGGAUUCCAGUAUUUUUGAUCAGUGGUGGGUUCAAACAGCUGAAUGUGCCGCUUGCUCAUCGCUUGGGCAUUCCUUCGGAGAAUGUGUAUUCUGUUGAACUUUUGUUUGACGCUGAUGGUCGAUAUCAUGGAUUCAAUAAGAAUAAUCUAACUUCGGAUUCUGGUGGAAAAACAAAAGUGGUGCAGCGUUUGAAGGAUAAAUAUGGAUUUAAAAGGCUGGUUAUGAUUGGUGAUGGUGCAACAGACAUGGAAACCUGUCCACCAGCUGAUGCAUUCAUUGGUUUUGGAGGAAAUGUUAUUCGAGAAAAAGUGAGGGAGAACUCACCAUGGUUUGUCACAAGCUUCCAAGAGCUCCUAGAUGAACUAAAAGUUACCAAUUGAACAUUUUUUACAGUCAAGCUUCAUUCAAAAUGUUGGUAGUUUUUUUAACUUGUUUGUGAAGUGGUAAGGGUUAAUUUAAUACCAGAGAAUGUUGAUCUCACAAAAGAAUCAUCUGGUGUUCAGAUAUUUUAUAAAUUAUUCUUGUAUGUAGGAAAUUAGGUCAUAUCAUAUGAGUUAUUUAUUUAAAAGAGCUUUCAUACAGUAUUUCAUAUAAUCAUAUUUGAAAUUCGUUUAAGAUGAAUAAGUAUAUUAUACACUAGUUUAGAAGUAAUAUUCUUGAACUGCAAAUUAAUGAUUUAUAUUAGUUUGAAAGUAGUUUGACGUGAAUGUAUGAUCCUGUACAUUCGAAGGUUAACUGUGUAGUGGAUAAGAGGUGAUAACUUGU